CAUCCUUACACAAUGAACACUACCUUCCAACUCACUUCCCUACUUACUUGUGCUGUUUGCAAAGAAUACCUCACUGACCCAAUAAGCCUUUCAUGCGGAUAUACAGUUUGUCGAACUUGUCUUCCACCAUCCACUCUAUUACGCAAACCAACUUUUGUGUGCCCAGUAUCGCAGUGCACCUCAAAGGCUCAUUUGUUUGGGCCUCAACUUUUCACCGAUGCCUGUGUGCACGGAUUAUCUCAACUUACUCGCAACACUAUUGACUGCUACUCUCGACCCCCAACCCCCACUUCCAUGGACGAUGGCAAGAAUUCUCUUGCAAUCCAAAAUAUUCAGCAAGGAGACCACGUCAUCCAAUCAUCAACAGCUAUGCUCCAAUGCCAUUGUUGCUCACAAACAAUGGUCAACCCAAUCACAACCCACUGCGGCCACACUUUUUGUAGACUAUGCGUUCUCCAGAUGAAAGUCACUACAGACAAGUGCUUGAACUGCAAACGCCCUCUCCCCAAAUUUGCCAGUCUUGAGGCCCAGGCACCAAACUACCUAUUAGAGUCAGUAAAGCGUGGAUUACAAUCAGCUGGAGCAAUCCGCUCCCUUUUUGCAAACGAUUCUCCUUUUCUCUCAGUCACUCAAUGGCAUGAGACCGACAUCCCACUUUUCACAAACGGCUCUCUUGUUCUUCCUAACCAACCUUGCCGUUUCCCAAUCUUCACAGCACCUCUUCUCCGCCAGAUGCGCCAUGCAAUUGUUUCAUCCAGUCGCUACAAUGGUCUCUGUAUGGCUGUUGUUCACCAAGGUCUCCCAAGCAUGGCACAAUUCGGUACAAUUGUAAAGAUCAUCUCUGUUGAACAUCGCCACGACGCCAUUAUUAUCGAUGCUAUUGGCCUCGAUCGUUUUAAGAUUGAAAAAUACCACCAAAUUGAAGAAGAUUGCAUGGUCGCCAGCAUCGAAGUUCUCGUAGACGAUGAAAUUGUACCUCGCGUUGACGAUCAUCUCCACUGCUCAAAGCGUAUUACCAACAAUGCCAAUGAUGACUAUGCUCAAGCUCUCAUUGAUUUUGGAUUUAUGCCUCCCACUUAUGACACCGCCAGCACACUUCACCAACGUAUUCUCGACAUGGUCCAGUCUUCACCCACUCCAUCCCUCAAUAUCUCUACAGAGGGACUUUUGGGACCUGUCUGGUUCGAGAACAUGCAGCAAAUCUAUGGACCUCUCCCUUCACCAAAAGAAGCUUCUCGGCUUUGCUGGUGGGUAGCUUCAGUAUUACCUGGUAGCAACACAGAGCGAUAUGCAUUCCUUUCUACAGAUCGACUUUCUGACAGACUCGAGACCGCAAUCUUAUGGAUCAAUCAGCUCGAAUCUCAAUGGACUCGUUGUCGCAGCUCUGCAGUACACGCUAUCUCUCAGGCCAUUCUCCAGCAACAGUAGAUGUGCCCCAUUCAAAUCAUAUUCGCUCCCUUUCAUGUAUCUAGAACCAUUUUCCCAAAUUCAUCCCCUCUACAACAACAACAGCAGCAACAACAACAACAAAAACCAAGUUCCUCCUCUCAUUUUCUUUACCCCAACCGAUACCCACAUCCUCAUUAUGAUCAUCAGCUAAAAAAAGGUCUAUACCAAUACGUUCAACACGCCAUUAUAUAUAUAUAUAUAUAUAUAUAAUCGACAAAAAAACUUCCAUGCAUUCCCUCCUUUCUUCUUCUUCUUACUUAUAGUACCUCUCCUGUAUAUAUCCUUUUGAUUUUCUAUAUAUUAUAUUUGAAAAACAAAAAAAAACAGCAACAUAAAACUUGUUCGCUCGGCUUCUAUUCAAUAAUAAAAUGAUCUCCUUGCGCUCUUUGUCUAUACAUACAAU